AUGGAACGAACUGCUUGUCGAGGUAUCUACGGAUACUGUUUACGCAGUAAGGGGGUUAUCGACUUCCAGGUCCAGGUCUCGAGGUCUGAGCCGGGUGGGCGAAGAGGAGACUUUUCGUCCGGUUUCUCACCCCGGAAAGGACGGAGAGAAGUUUUCUUGGUCCAGGCCACUGUCGACAAACUCUCUCUCAGUGUUGUACGAAGGUAUGUGGGAGUGUAUGAUCUCAUGCGGCAGCACCGAAAAAGAAAGGGGUGGACGGUGACGGGUGGCUUGGGGAACAGAAACGCAGGACAAGCCUCCAGGGGCCAGGGCGGAGAGGGAAAAGAUAAGUCGGGAUGGCGGCGAGCAGGCACAAGGAACGGCUUGGGCAAUCCCCGUAUCCCGGAGUGCGAAGACGGCCCAGAGAUUCUCUCCCAGGUACGGAUACGUCACGCAGGGAGAUCCCAUCCCCGGGGAAAGGCAGCGCCGUUUCAGGAUGUUGGUCUUGGUCGUGGUUCACUCGUUCAGCUCCGUUCUGGCUGGGGUCUGCAGCUUUGCAGGUUCGUGUGGAGUUCGAAGACAAUCAAGAGAGAGAGAGAUUGA